AUGAACUUAUCGUUCGCUGGUUGUGGCUUCCUCGGGAUUUACCAUGUUGGUGUUGCAGUUUGUUUCAAGAAAUAUGCGCCUCAUCUCCUUCUAGGGAAGAUAUCAGGAGCUUCUUUUGGAGCUUUGUCAGCCUGUUGCUUGCUCUGUGAUUUGCCCAUAGGUGAAAUCACAUCUGAUGUUCUCAGAGUGGUCCGCGAAGCAAGGUCAGGGUCCCUCGGACCCUUUAGCCCUUCAUUCAACAUUCAAAAUGUGCUCCUUGAGGGCAUGGAGAAAUAUUUACCCGAAGACGCCCAUAAGAUAGUGAGCGGUAAACUACAUAUAUCACUAACCAGAGUAUACGAUGGGAAGAAUGUUAUUGUAUCGGAGUUCCCUACAAGAGAAGAUUUAUUACAGGCGGUGAUGGCGUCGUGCUUUGUCCCAGUAUUUUCUGGCCUGUUGCCCCCCCGAUUCCACGGCAUCAGGUAUAUGGAUGGAGGGUUCAGUGAUAACCUGCCAGUGUUAGAUGAGAACACCAUCACGGUCAGUCCCUUCUGCGGGGAGAGCGAUAUAUGUCCUAGGGAUUUGAGUUCACAGUUAUUCCACGUAAACCUAGCGAACACAAGUAUAGAGCUAUCAAAACAAAACAUGAAUCGAUUCGCUCGCAUCCUUUUCCCUCCAAAACCCGAAGUCUUAAGCAACAUGUGCAAGCAAGGCUUCGACGACGCUCUUCGAUUCUUGCACAGAAACAACCUGAUAUCUUGCACGAGAUGUCUCGCCGUGCAGUCGACCUUCCAGCUUCAAGACGUCUUGGAUGACACAACGUACGAUUAUGAUCCGGAUUGUGAAGAGUGCAAGACCCAUAGACAGGAUGCAUUAGUGGACGAUCUACCGGACACGGUGAUGACGAUAUUCCAAAAUGCCAUCGAUUCGGCCAACAACGGCAUCGUGAACUGGGUGAUGAAGCAACGUGCCGUCCGAUACCUGAACCUCCUGACGCUGCCGUACCGAGUGCCCAUCGACAUCAUGUAUGCUACAUUCACCAAGUAA